AUGUCAAACCCAAACUCCUACGGCACGCCCGUAUCCGACACAGCAUUCCGCAAAACCUGGGACCGAGAAGAAUACACGAAAAAAGCCGCCGACGAUGAAGCCAAACGCAAAGCAGAAGGCAAAGCGCGCUACGAAGCAAAGCUACUGGGCAAAAAGUACCACGCCCCGGUCGACUAUAGCACGUUGGAGGAGACGACGGCGCGCAACAAACGGCUCGAUGUCGCGUCGAUGGUUGGCAAGACGAUGCUUGUGCCUGCCGGAUCGAGCGUUGGCAAGCGGGGCCCUGGUGCGGGCUUUUACUGCAAGGACUGUGAUCUUACAUUCAAGGACAAUUUGCAGCUUGUCGAGCACUUGAAUAGUAAGCAGCAUUUGAUUGCUACGGGGCAGAGUGGGGAGGUGAAGAGGGCUGGGGUUAAGGAUGUGAGGUUGAGGUUGAGGAUGCUUUCUCAUCGGAAGAGGCAGUUGGAGGAGGAGGAGAGGAAAGCUUGGCAGCUUGAUCUUGGGGUGAGGCUAAAGGAGAGGGAGGAGGCGGAUGCGAAGGAGAGGGAGGAGAAGAGACGGAUAAGGAAUGAGAAGAGGAGGAAGGUUAAGUCCGAGGAUGAUAGCUGGGAGGGACGAUUGGGGAUUAUUUCUUGA